AUGUCAGGUGACCAACGAGUCCACCCCGGCGAAUCCUCACCCGCUAGGUUCCCCGCCUCGGGGGAACACCCCCCGCAGGACGGAGCCCGCGACGAACGCCCCGCAGCGGUAGCAGAACGCUACUGGCAACUGUUCAAUGACCCAGGCUUGACGCCUCCCGACGGCGCACCUGCUGGCCUGCCAUCAGUAUCACCCGAGGCUUUCCAUGACCUCGCCCAUCAGGUCCGGACCCUGACCGGCAUGAUCCAGACCAUCAUCCCGAUCGUCUCCCAAUGGACCCCCUCGCCACAACAGGAGACCCCUGUCCAGACUCACGUACCACUCCCUGAGCUCCUCGUCUCACCUCGGAACCCCGCAACUCGGCCGGGGAGCCGAGAAGCGGAAAACACGCCGAGUCGACCCGAGCCCGACGCUCCGACCGCCGACUCGACUAAUGCCCUACGGGCUCAUCUGCGCCUUGUCAGUCAAAGGCUCGACGAGGUACAACAGGAAGUCCGUAAGUCAAAAGGAGAGCUCGGGGUGGACGGACGUCAAGGAUCUCCGUUCACCCCCGAGAUACAAGAGCAGGCGAUCCCGUCGCACUUCCGCCUUCCCUCCCUGGACGCGUACGACGGCGCCACCGACCCGACAGACCACGUGGCCGCCUUUCGCGCCCAGAUGGCGUUAUUCGGAACUUCCGACGCCCUGAUGUGUAGGACAUUCCCCACGACUCUCCGGGGGCCGGCCCGCACAUGGUACAGCGGCCUGAAGCCAGGGACCGUCGCCUCCUUCGACCAGCUCGCCAAAGAUUUUCAGCUUAACUUCCUGGCGUACGCCCGACCCAAGCCAUCCAUGGCGUUGCUCCUUGGGCUCAAUCAGAAGGAGGACGAGCCCCUCUCCCAUUUCGUGAACCGAUUUACGACCCAAAUCCAUGGACUGUCGGACGCUCACCCCUCUUUCUUGAUGCAGGCAUUUAUGACAGGCCUCCGACCCUCCAGAUUCUUCUGGUCGCUCGUGGAGCGACCCCCCGUCGCGGUUCCCGAGAUGCUCCAGCGUGCUAGUCAGUUCAUCGCAGCGGAGACUUGGAUGGCCGGAAGGCGAGAGGAACACAAAAAGGUUAAGUCAGAGCCACCCCAACAGCAACCGCCCGCCGCCUCUCGACGAAAGUUGGACAGACCUGACCCAAGGCCCCCUCUUCCCGCCUUGAAUUCUUCCCGGACUGAAAUAUUCCUACACGAGAAGGGGAAAGGACUGCUCAAAGACCCUCACCCGAUGAGGAACCCGCGGGAGCUCGCGGACCGAUCAAGAUAUUGCCAAUUCCAUCGGCAGCACGGGCACGACACCGAGCAAUGCUACGAAUUGAAGAAACAAAUCGAGGAGCUCAUCCUCAGGGGACACCUCGGCCAGUACCUCCGGCCGAAUAAAGAACGGUCUCCUCGCCCGGAGGGCCCCGUCGAGCGGCACAUCGAUGUGAUAGCCGGGGGUCCUGCAUCAGGAGGAGGCUCUACGUCAGGCAGGAAAGCGUAUGCUCGAGCCGCCCCCGAAGCUUCAGGGCACGAGCUGGAGCCCGAGAUUACCUUUCCAACCGGAGCUGUCGAGCAACCCGACCACGACGACGCCCUAGUAAUAUCCGCCAGGGUAGCCAACGCACAUAUGAGGAGGAUCAUGGUCGACACAGGGAGCUCGGCCGACAUACUCUACCUCGACGCCUUUCAGAAGCUAGGCUUGGCCAGGAGAAACCUAAGCCCGAUGUGCUCAGUGCUCACCGGUUUUACGGGAGAUUCAAUAUCGCCCUUAGGGUCCAUUUCCUUGCCCUUGACUCUGGGGACCCCGUCGAGGUCGAAGACGGUGAUGACCACUUUCCUGGUAGUCGACCUCCCUACCGCUUACAAUGCCAUACUCGGUCGGCCAACCCUCAACAAAGUCAGAGCGGUCGUCUUGACCUACUACUAG